CUCCAUCUUUCUACCACUUUGGCUGGACUGGUUUGUACUAUAGAUAUGUUAAAGAGAGCUGGCUAGACAUAAAAAAAUGAAAAAGUACGUAACGAAAUGUAUGUUUCUAGAAUUUAGCAUAAAGAUGAGGAGUUUUUUGUGUGUUAGUGAAAACAUAUAUAACGGACCAACAUUCGAGAGUUUGCAUGGAUCUUAAAGAAGAGGACCAGCUGAAGAUGCGGCACCCUCCAUCCAUGCAUCCAUGACUCCAUCUCUCUAUUCAUCUAUCCAUUCAUCCAUCUCCAGUGCUGCUGUUCCCUCAAUUACCAUGAGAUCAGCUUUCAGUCCAGAUUUUGAAGUUUUUAAAACCGUCUCUAUUUACUGUGUGCCUAUAACUCACGGUAAGCUGCGGUGAUCGUCAUAGUGACCAAAUUCCCAGUAUGACGGGCCAGGCAACAGCUGAGGGAUCUCCCUGUUCUCAUCGUCUCUCUGUGAAAUCUCAGAAGGAUGAUCGGGACCGAGCAGAGAGUGUGCUUAGCAGGUCUCAGUCAGUAUGUGAUGAUACGUCCUCUGAGCUUCAACGAGUAGCCGCUCUAGAGCCUCAGGAUGAGCCAUCCAGAAACUCAUUUAGAGGGAGAGGAGGACUAUUCAGAUUGGUGAGUCUAGUGGUCCUUCUGAGAGACUGGGCACACAAGAGUCUAAUAGAAGAGGAGGAGAGACCAGAUUCCUUCUUGGAGAGAUUUCGUGGCCCUGAAGUACGGGCCCCUCCAAGCCGAAGAAGCAACAACCAACCAGAAGCCAACGACAACACUAAAGGGAAUACAAAGAAUAUAUGGGAGACAUUUAUUGUUUCAACCUCUGAUGAUUUAUACUAUUACUUGCUGUUCUUCAUCGCUGCAGCUGUGCUCUAUAACUGGGUUCUGCUUGUGGCCAGAGCAUGUUUUGAUGAACUGCAGUCUGAAAAUCUCAUUGUCUGGCUGGUGUUGGACUAUAUGUGUGAUUUUGUCUACAUACUGGAUUCAUGUAUCCGGCUGCGAACAGGUUACCUGGAACAAGGACUUCUGGUGAAGGACCUGGCAAAACUCAGAGACAGCUACGUUUAUACAUUUCAGUUCAAGUUGGAUGUUAUCUCCAUCCUCCCCACUGACCUAGCAUACAUCGCCUUGGGUAUCAACACACCACAGCUACGUUUCAAUCGUCUCCUACGAUUCCCCCGCAUGUUUGAGUUCUUUAAUCGAACAGAGACGAGAACCAAUUACCCAAACAUCUUUCGUAUCUGGAACUUGGUGCUCUACAUCCUGGUCAUUAUUCAUUGGAAUGCCUGUAUCUUCUAUGCCAUCUCAAAGUCUUUGGGAUUUGGAUCUGAUGGAUGGGUUUAUCCCAAUAUCUCAUCCACAGAGUUUGGAUCUCUAAGACGGAGUUACGUGUACUGCUUCUACUGGUCCACAGUGACGCUAACCACCAUCAGUGAGGUGCCACCACCUGAACGGGAUGAAGAAUACAUGUUUGUUGUGUUUGAUUUUCUAGUUGGAAUCCUGAUUUUUGCCACCAUCGUUGGUAACGUCGGUUCCAUGAUUUCCAAUAUGAACGCCACGCGGGCAGAGUUCCAGGCACGCAUUGAUGCUAUUAAACAUUACAUGCAAUUUCGCAAGGUCAACCGCAACCUGGAGACGCGUGUCAUCAAAUGGUUCGACUACCUCUGGACCAAUCAGAAAGCAGUGGACGAACAGGAAGUCUUAAAGAAUCUUCCCGACAAGCUACGAGCAGAAAUUGCUAUCAACGUUCAUUUAUCCACUCUGAAGAAAGUUCGAAUCUUUCAGGACUGUGAGGCCGGGUUGUUAGUAGAGCUAGUUUUAAAACUACGACCUCAGGUGUACAGCCCCGGUGAUUACAUCUGCCGAAAAGGAGACAUUGGAAAGGAGAUGUACAUUAUUAAAGAGGGAAAUUUAGCAGUUGUUGCAGAUGAUGGAGUGACACAGUUCGCAUUGCUCACAGCUGGAGGAUGCUUUGGGGAAAUUAGCAUCCUUAACAUUCAGGGUAGCAAAAUGGGAAACCGCCGAACUGCCAACAUCCGUAGUAUUGGCUACUCGGACCUCUUCUGCCUUUCAAAAGACGACCUUAUGGAGGCGGUGACUGAAUACCCAGAUGCCCAGAAGGUCCUGGAGGAACGUGGAAGGGAAAUUUUAAGAAAACAGGGGCUUUUAGAUGAAAGUGCUGCUGUACAGGGAGGCAUUCUUGCCAUGGACACAGACGAGAAGGUGGAUCGUCUGGAAUCAUCACUGGAUGUUCUACAGACCCGUUUUGCCCGUUUGCUAGGAGAGUUUACAGCAACUCAAAGCAGAUUAAAGCAAAGAAUCACAGGGCUUGAAAGACAGUUGUGUCAUACAGGGUUUGGGCUUGUGUCAGAUCAGGAGAUGGACUUUGAAAGUGAUGGCAACACAUCACGCGAUAACUCAACCUCACAGACACGCACACAAACAGACACUGAGAAGCCAAGCAACACAGAUUCCCAAUGGGAAAACCCUUACUCACGCAGGAACAGCAGAGGUCUUGACUAAAUUCAAAAGGAGACUUGAUUUUAAAGUGCUUUUUAAAAAAAUGGACAAUAAUACUCACUAAACCUUAUUACCAGUACACAAGGCAACAAGUCCUGGUGUGUAGAUAAGGAGCUUACUUCAUUCGGUGUGCAAAACUGUGCAUUUUAAGAUAAACUUACUGGACUAGAUCAGUUGAUCUCUUUGCUGUGUCAGAAACCGCGAGUGAACAACUUCAUUCCCUUCAUUCGUUUAAUACUUUUUACCCAUAAUGCACUGACUUUAGGUUUUAAACCCUGGGUAAGUAGAAUCUUGGGUUAUCUGUUUCACGUUUCACACUGUUUAUACUUGACCAGGGGUUAAGAGAUAACCCUGGGUAUUCAUAAUCUGACGUUUCAUGCGCAUUCCUAAACGCUAGGGAAGGUGUCUCCAACCCUGCUCCUACACCUGUCUGUAAUGAUCAAGCAACCCUGAACCCCUUGAUAAGCUCAUAACAUUCUAACCCUGCUUCGUUUCACACUGCAUGCGUUUGGCACCCCAAUGUUUACUUCUUCCACAUAUAGUGGGCUCAAUUGUCAUUUGCUAUUUAGGGAAUAGCAUGGGCCGGCCCAUCCAACAAGCAAUACAAGCGAUUGCCUGGGGCCCCACAACAAGACGAGGACCUUCCAAGCAUAAAAAUGAUUUUGUCAUUACACAAACCACAUAGCUGCGAUGAGCAGGCAUUAUGCGCUGCAUGCACAAGGACCUUAUUGAUUAACAAAGGGAUCACAGAAACGGUAGGUGAAAAAAAAUCACAGGAAUUUAAUAACAGGAUAAACUCUCCACACAACAAUCAACGGUAAAAAGACAAUAAAUACAAAACAUCAAUAUAAAUAAAGACAAAAAAAUUACAAAACAGGAGCAGAGUGGGCUCAUAAUUUGCAUAAUGUUAAUGGCGCACUAGUGCUUACGGAGGUGUGUACCAAAUACGUCUCGUUGUGCAUGUUUGGGAAUUAAACAUUUAUGAUUAUGGGUAAUAUAGUAUUGUAUAACAACGUAAUGUUCGUGUUACAUCUUUCAAUAAAGAUUGAAAAAAAGACUUGUUUUAGUGAUGUUGGGGUGGUUGGCUUAGGCAAACUAUGGCAUCAAAACGAUACAUUUCAGGAGCUGUAGAGAAAAAGAGAAAAGCAGAGGAAGAAAAGCAAUCUCAAGGUAUGUUCUGCUUUACAUUGUUUAAUGCAUAUGCUAAUUUAAAAACAUAAGAAAAAUGUCCAUCACCUUUUAUAAACGAACCCACAUGAAAAAGACUAUAAUACUAUAUCAUUUACCAACGUAACUGUGGUAAAAUUCUUAGAUACUAAGCAAUAAAAAAACUGUAUACAGAAUACAGUAAUCACCCUAUAGUAAUUAUUCUGUAUUAAAGGUGCAGUGUGUACAUUUUAGCGGCAUCUAGUGGUGAGGAUGCGAAUUGCAACCAACGGCGUAGUCCACUGCUCACCCCUUGCUUUUGAAACACAUAGAGAAGCUACGGUAGCUGCCACUGGACAAACAUGUCAUCUUCGGAGACAACUUAGGGGCUGUCCACACAUAGACGUAUCACUGCAUACGUAUAAAUUUGUUAUCGUAUUGGCGUUUCAUCCACACGGAUCCGGCGUUUUGGGAGACUGAAUCCGCUAUUUUUUGAAACCGGGUCCUAAAGUGGAUAAAUCUGAAACCGACACCCUUGCGGUUUCGUCUGUACAGCCAAUCCGUAUAUUUUGUGAAGCGAAAACGUCAUCACAUCACGUGUCGGAAGCGUCACACGUAACAGCAACAACAAUAACGGCGGA